AUGUUGGUGACACUGAAAACAUUACAACAGCAAACUUUUCAAAUAGAAAUCGAUCCAGAAGAAACGGUUAAAGCGCUCAAGCUGAAAAUUGAAGUUGAGAAAGGUAAAGACUAUGUUGCUGAUCAUCAAAGGCUUAUUUACGCAGGAAAGAUCUUGCUCGAUGAUGAUAAAUUAAGUACCUAUAACAUAGAUGAAAAAAAAUUCAUUGUUAUCAUGGUAACGAAACCAAAAUCUUCGGAUGUUCCGGCAUCAACUACGUCUGCUCCCGAAGCUGGUGAAAGUGCGUCAACGGAAAGUGGUGAUGGAAAACCAAAGCCCACCACCGAAGAAGCUCCUAAACCUACUCCAGCUGCAGAACCUGAGCCAGUGGCCGCAUCUAAUGAACUUGAUUUUGAAGCUACAGUGCAAAGUAUUAUGGACAUGGGAUACAACAGACAACAAGUUGAACAAGCGCUACGUGCUUCCUUUAAUAACCGCGAAAGAGCAGUGGAGUACUUAAUAACAGGUAUUCCCGAAGAGUUGCUUCAAGAACAGGAUGCUGAAGAAGGCACUGAUGAGGACCCAUUGGCUUUCCUCCGUGAUCAACCUCAAUUCCAACAAAUGCGUGCUGUCAUCCAACAGAACCCAAAUUUGCUGAAUGCAGUGCUACAGCAAAUAGGUCAAACUAAUCCAGCACUAUUGCAAGCAAUCAGCCAACAUCAGUCAGCUUUUGUUAGAAUGCUUAAUGAACCUGUGAACCCAUCAGCUGCUGGUGCAGUUGCUGAAGAAAAUCCUAUAGAUGUGCCGCAAGUACAACAUCCUCAAGUCUCACCUCAAGAUAAAGAAGCCAUUGAAAGAUUAAAAGCAUUGGGCUUUCCAGAACAUAUGGUUAUCCAAGCUUAUUUUGCUUGUGAAAAAAAUGAAAACCUUGCUGCAAACUUUUUGCUGUCACAGAAUUUUGAUGAUUAG